GAACUACACUGUAACACAUCAAUGUCAAACCUAAAUGCACAGAGUUUAUACUAAACCCAUAGGGGGGUUUAACAAGACUUUAAAGCUGAGUUCCUCACGUCUGCUCCGUGUCACCGUAUCAUUACGGUGUCGCCGUUCGUCUCGGAGCAUCCAGUCGUUCGUCUUCUUCCAUUCCUGCACACAGACAUGGACAAACGGGCAGCUUUUAUGGGCGAGGUGUCCAGCAAAGCUGCCGUCGCUUCUUUCGAUGCAGCGUCAAGCUCUCAUUCCGUGCUCAGACCUCGCAUCACAAAAGUACACCUUAAUUUAUGCGUUCCCCGCCAUCCGAGGACUGCGAGCACUGUCCAGGCUCAAACUGGCUCAAACCGGUAUGACCGGCGUCCUUCUCCCCGCAGUUUAUUAUUUCUACCUUAACGGCCAGGCAACUUUGAGUCUUUUAAGCUACACCACAGGCAUCGCAGUGUUCGCUGGUGUCAUGCUCUACACCAUCAGCUACUACGUUCAGCGAGUGGUCGGCAUGAUGUACCUGGACCACACGGGCACUACGUUAAAAGUAGCGCACCUGUCUUUCUGGGGCCACCGGAGGGACAUGUAUCUUCCUGUGUCGGAUGUAAUGACUCUGGGAGACACAGGAGACUCACCAGGUGAACUUAUAUUAAGGCUGAAGCGCUACAGCUGCUCGGACACUCUUUAUUUCUCCACCAGGCUGGGCCGUGUGCCCGAUAAAAACGCAUUUGAGAAAGUAUUCGGGACUUUGUCUCGAUAGACCGCUGUUUUCUCUGUCGUCCCCUUACAGCUGUGAAGUGUGUGUGAUCUCACAUGGUUUUCUUCUUAACAUGAACUGUUUAUUUCCUGUACACUUCUUAAGUAAAAAUAAAAUGUCGCUA